CUUUACGUCACGAUGCUAGCACCUACUUCGAAAGACAUGUAACAAUAUCACACGCAUCUGUAUAUUAUGUGACCGCAAGAAUUGAAGCUGUCGUAUGGAUACUACACGUCGCCUUGCGUGCAAACGGUGUCAGGCCCGUAAAAUCAAAUGUAAUAGGGUCCAGCCAUGCUCGAAUUGCAUACAGGGUAAACAUAAUUGCGAAUAUCGUGCGAGCGAUGGCCGCAAACACCCAGUCUCGCACAAGUACUUGGGUGCGCUAGAGGCGCGUCUUGCAUGGUUUGAAUCACUCACGCAGAAUCUCAAAAAAGCAUCGAACGAAGAGCGAGACAAGCUCCUCGCCGGGGUCACCCUUGAUGACCAUCUUGAAGGUCAGAAUGGAUUCGAUAUCGCCGACUCACAGCAACAACCGUCCUCAUCCACUGGUCCGGAAUCAAUAGGCACACCGCAGGCAUCCUCACUACGCUCCGGACCACAAGGAGGCCUGCAAUACCAUGGGCCCACAAGCAUAUAUCUGGAUGCUGAUGCAACUGAAUCGCCAGCCAAGGAGCCCCAGCCAAUGGCCCCUCUUGAAGUUGUCCAUACCUUCCCUUCCUCUCAUUUUGAUGCUCUCAGUGUCGUUCGUCUGGCAUCAUCCCUAGGAGUUGACGACGACUUGGUACGAGAGACGCUGCCACUAUUCUUCCUGCAUCAGUACCCUUUAUUCAUGUUUAUCUACCGGGAGGCUUUUCUUUCAGAUUACUAUGACAAUACCCAUGGGGGCCGCUACUGGUCCUACCCAUUGCUAUAUUCGAUGUGUGCACUUGGUGCACCACACUCUAAACGUGUUGAAGUACAGAUGAAGAAAGAAUUACUUGCGCGGUGUGCACAAGAGAUCCUCAUGUCUCAUUGCCUGACAAGGCCUUCACCAGUAACCAUACAAGCACUGUUGUGUCUCGCCUUCCACGAGGUUGGGCAGGGCAACGCAUCGCAAGGAUGGCUGUUUUCUGGGAUGGCCUUCAGAAUGGGUCAAGACAUAGGUUUCCAUCAGGAUCCCACACGCUGGAUUCUCCAAGAUCGCAGCAUAGUAUCACCAGAAGAUAUCGAAAUACGCCGACGCAUAUACUGGGGGAGUUACGUUGCUGAUAAGCUUAUCAGUCUGUACCUUGGCCGCCCCGUCUACCUUCGCGAGGAUGAUGCAGCGGUGCAAAUCAGUACUCCGUUGCCAGAUUUUCCUGACAGCCAUGACUGGUUCGGAUUCUCUGAGAUUGCUACCCAAAACGCAAUCGACUUGCAGAAGCCUCAACUCACCAGUGCACUCAAGCACAUGGUCUUACUAGGAAAGAUUUCUCAAGACAUGAUGACAAACGUGUUUGCCUCUACGCGUAACGGGCAACAUAGUGACGUAAACCGGCUGAACCAGCUUGGUGAUGUCAAUCUAAGACUGAACAAAUGGCACACCUCGUUGCCGGAUGCCUUGCAAUGGAGCCAAUGGAGCGUGAACAAGAACGUGCGUGCACAUAUUCUGGUCUUGCAUCUAUAUUAUCAUGCAAUGCUAUUAUCCCUCAACCGACACUUCGUCAAACCAUCAAAUGGCUUUCCACACUCGCCACUUUCGCGAGACAUUUGUACGUCAUCCUGUUCGACAGUGGCGAUCCUGGUUCGACAAUAUAGACUACAGCAUGGUCUUAAAACUGCACCAUUGAUGCUCGUAUACGCCCUAGUCAUGGCUAUUAUCACGCAAAUGCGCAUUUUGAACGAAGGAUACGGUAGCUUGGACUUCCUAAUAAAAUCUCUUGAUGAGUGUGGUCGCUGCUACAAACUUGCAGCCGAGGCACGGUCAAGCCUAGCGACCUUGAUGAAUAGCCGUGAGGCUCCCACAGCGGGCCUGGGAAAUGGUAGCGAUGGACGUCACGGUGACAACGUGGAAGAAGAAGGAGGGGUUCUCGAAAGAGAUAACAUCGAUACCGCAACCGACGAACACUUUGAUGCCUCAAGCCUGGAUGCACCUCCCAAUUUGGCUACUAACUCGUUCCCUGAGCUGGGUGGAUUAGCCGGAGAUCCAGUGCUCGAUGCAGAGAAUUUCGACUUUCUUGGCUUCACUGAUGUCAAUGAGAGCUUUAAUAGUUGGUUCUCCAUCGGGCAAAUGGGAUAGCAAGUCCGAAGGCCUAAACGGAGAUCCGGCAUGGCUCUUUAUCAAUCCCAUGCCCUCCCAAUUCAGUUGUUGCUGGAAUACUGCGUGAAAGGAAAAGUCUUUUUAGGCGGCAUUGGACGGAUCAUGUGGGAGACGAGGAAAUUCUUUUCACCAAAUUCAAUGAAACAUGCGUUUACCAAAUGUUCA